ACACUAGGCUAAACUGCAGUCAGCAAUCUUGUGAUUUAAAGGGCAAACUUUGCCUGUAGCUUCGUCCGUGACAAGAGAUCCAGUUAUAAAUAUUGUAGGAGUCAAACGAAGGUUGCACAACCAGCAGCAGGAUCAGAGGCAACGGCGGUGCGGCGACAGAACCUGGACGGGCUCCCGUGUUUUUCUUUCCCGCACGGAUUGCUAGCCACGUGCCCCAGGUCUCGAGCACACGGAUCUGCUGGGCACGUGCCCCGGGUCUCGAGGCCGGCACUUACGCAAGCUACCAGGCGGUUCGUUACCGCCUUUUCGUCCCUUUUGCCCUGGGGCUCAAGGAAGGCGGGAGGGGCAAUGCCUUUUGCUGCUGCUGCUGCUGCUGCUACUGCCGCUGCUACUGCCGCCUGCCUACUCUUCCGUACUCUCGCAACGAUGGGAGAAGCCGCUUCGUCUUCCCUCAAGAUUCCCAGCAAAGAAGCAGCCUUGCCUGGCAGAAACCGGAGUCUUGUCCGUAUUCUCGGUAAACAUCAUGUGAAUGGAAACAGUAUGGUUGAACCUUUUCCAGAGGGAGUGCACAUGACAAUAUUUGGGAUGGGCUGUUUCUGGGGGGCAGAGAAGAAAUUUUGGAGGCUGAAAGGAGUCUACUCUACUCAAGUAGGUUAUGCGGGAGGAUAUACCCCAAAUCCCACAUAUGAAGAAGUCUGUUCAGGCAAAACUGGCCAUACUGAAGUUGUGCGAGUGGUAUUUCAGCCGGAAACCAUCAGCUUUGAGAAACUGCUCAAGGUCUUCUGGGAGAAUCAUGACCCGACACAAGGGAUGCGGCAGGGAAAUGAUGUUGGGACACAAUAUCGGUCUGCCAUCUAUACAUUCACCUCAGAACAAAUGGAGUCUGCCUUGAAAUCUAAAAAUGAUUACCAAAAG